GGGAAACGUUACAGGAGAAACAGAAGGGAGAGUAGAGAACAGGAGAGCAGAGAGGGGGGGGAAAUGCCUCAUGUUUUCCAUAUUGCUAAAAAUCCAGUCAGACAGACCACUGACCUGCCUAGGAGAUUGGAGACCAUUGGAUAAUUAUUUUUCUUUUUUGCUGCUCUUAGAACCUAAGGUCAUAUUAAAGGUCCUUCUGUUAUGUUUUUAUUGAAAAAUGAACCGUUUUUAUGGUUUUAUCUAUCUUUACGUUUAUACUCUGAUUGUGUCACCAUCUUGGAUCCAGUUAGAUUAUAAUGUCACUCUGUUCAAAUCCAAGUGGACAUUUAACGCCUGUUGGUAUUUAUCUGCACUUUAUCCGACUAUAACGCUAUAAAAAGACAAUCUUGUAUCUCUUUUUUUUAAUCCUCAAAACAUAUUGUGAGUAAUGACUACGCUGUGAACCUUUGAAACUCACGUCGCGUUCUCAGCAGAAAGCUGUCAACUGUUAUCCGACCCUCUGAACAGCGCUGAUGAGGAAAUCUCAGCGCGUUUCUUCAAGCAGAACAUCUCAUGGAUUUUCACAAUUUUUUUAUUUUCACUUCAUAAAGACAAUUUUUAAGCCAUUUCAAAGACACAACGUAUUCAGACUAAAUUAAUACAACUGUUACCAAGUGCUUUUAAAACUUAAAACUAGCUACAGAAACCGUUAUCAACUAUAGCUUUACUUGCCCUAAUGAAGUUUUGCAAUAGCGGGGCGUUGAUGCUCGUGACCACGGCGGGAGCCUUCAUAGCAUUUAGCCUGAUGACCAUCGCGGUUGGAACGGAUUACUGGCUUUACUCCCCCGGCGUCUGCCGCUCCAAGACCUCCAUCCACGACAAUGAGACCAUCCAUAAAAACGAAGAGGUGAUGACGCACUCCGGCCUGUGGCGCACAUGCUGUCUAGAAGAUGUUCAGAAGGAUCAGGUGUUGUUGGAGAGAGGCUGUCCAGAAGACCCUGCUGAACCCAUACGAACAGGUGUAUUCAGAGGUGUGUGUAAAGAAAUCGAUCAUUUCCUGGAGGAUGCAGACUAUGAGCAGGAUGCUGCAGAAUACCUCCUGAGAGCGGUGCGCGCAUCCAGCCUCUUCCCCAUCCUCAGUGUGUUUCUCCUCUUUCUCGGAGGAGUGUGUGUGGCUGCCAGCGAGUUCCACAAGUCAAAACACAACGUCAUCCUCAGUGCAGGGAUACUAUUCGUGUCUGCAGGCCUCAGCAACAUCAUCGGCAUCAUCGUCUACAUCUCGGCCAACUCGGGCGACCCCGGCCAGAGUGACAGUAAGAAGAGCUACUCCUACGGCUGGUCCUUCUACUUCGGCGCCAUGUCCUUCGUCCUGGCUGAGAUGGUGGGCGUCCUGACCGUACACGUCUUCAUCGAGCGCCAUCGCCGGCUGCGUACCAGUGGAAGGCCGUCCCUCACCAAACCUUCCCUGGUCCACUCCGCCUCCUACUACAACCGCUACAACCGCUACCGGCGCCGCUCCAGUUACCGCGGCAACAUGGACACCCGCUACUCGUUGUCGACAGCGGGGCAGCCGCAACCGCACGACUCCUCGUCGGCGGCACUGUCCAUGUCGAAGGUCGUGGCUGCUGGACCGGCGGGGUCAGAGUUCACCCUGUACACGCUGGCCCCGCCCAAACUGCCUCCGCCCAAUAGCAAGACAGCUGACGCAGGAAGUGGGGUAGAGGUCGGGAGGAGCAACUUUCUGUCGCCACUGAUGGCCAUGCCCGACAACAAGGAGACAUUGCCUAGCAACACUAACCGGAGGACUACACCUGUCUGACAGGGAGGGAGGGAGACAAGGAGAUAGAGGGAGGGAGACAAGGAGAUAGAGGGAGGGAGACAAGGAGUUAGAGGGAGGGUGAAAUAGAUGAGUACAGAGCAAUGGACUGCAGCUUGUCAUGGGAUUGCUGAGUUCUAUUGUAACGAAAGAAAACGGAAAAGAAAGAACAAAACAUUUCAGAAAUUUCCAGAAAUUUAGAGGAUUUGUGGUUAUGUUCAUGGUAAAACAGUUGAGGGUUAAUGGUUGUGUUCAUGUUAUAACAGUUGAGGGUUAAUGGUUGUGUUUCAAUUUAGAACAGUUGAGUGUUAAUGGUUGUGUUUCAGUUUAGAAUAGUUGAGGGUUAAUGGUUGUGUUCAUGUUAUAACAGUUGAGGGUUAAUGGUUGUGUUUCAAUUUAGAACAGUUGAGGGUUAAUGGUUGUGUUUCAAUUUAGAACAGUUGAGGGUUAAUGGUUGUGUUCAUGGUAGAACAGUUGAGGGUUAAUGGUUGUGUUUCAAUUUAGAACAGUUGAGGGUUAAUGGUUGUGUUUCAAUUUAGAACAGUUGAGGGUUAAUGGUUGUGUUCAUGGUAGAACAGUUGAGGGUUAAUGGUUGUGUUCAUGUUAUAACAGUUGAGUGUUAAUGGUUGUGUUCAUGGUAGAACAGUUGAGGGUUAAUGGUUGUGUUCAUGGUAGAACAGUUGAGGGUUAAUGGUUGUGUUCAUGAUAGAACAGUUGAGGGUUAAUGGUUGUGUUCAUGGUAGAACAGUUGAGGGUUAAUGGUUGUGUUCAUGGUAGAACAGUUGAGGGUUAAUGGUAGAAAGGUUUGAAUGCAAAGUAAUCGGUAAAUUGGUCAGUCGUGUCAAAUGCUUCCUGUCUCUCUAUGUAUUCUGGUUAACCCCUGACCUCCACUCCCUGUCCAUCUGCCUGGAAACCCAGUGCUUGCAGAGCUUCCUGACAUGACAUCAAAAAACAACUUUCCCAUUAAUUCCUGGGGCCAUAGCCUACCAGUGAGAGCAUUGAGGCAGCGUCUGAAAGUUUGCUAGUUUAAAUCCCUGAGCUUACAAGGUGAAAAAUAUGUUGAUCUGCCCCUUGAGGAACGAACUUAAUCACAAUCUCAUCUAAGGUUGCAAAAUGACAGUAACUACAACAGAACUACAUGGUUUUCCAAAAAUCCUGUUUGGAAGAUUUACAUAAUUACCAUAAAACAAGCAGGAAAAAACUCUUACUGAAAUGCUAAACUCUACUGCCUUGAGUAACUGUUACAUAGUUUACCAGUUAAAGACGUUUCUGUGAAAAAUACUUUUUUCAGUAAUAAUGACCGUGCCUCAUCUCAGCAACUCCCCAGCCUUGAGCAUUACCCCAGUAGAGCUUGGCGCUUGGAACACCAGCGCAAUGACAGUAUAUCCAAAUAUUUCUCCUGUGGUGGAAUAGGAGUGUCUGAAAAAGUACUUAGAUGUAAAUCUGCCCACUGAUGCACAAAGCCGUUCUGCUUCUUAUCACGUUGCCCGCUUAACCAUAAAGUAUUCACCGGCACAUUGAUGGAAACACAUUUCCCAUCUGACAUCCAUCGUGGAGCCUGCAGGUGUCUGACCCACCACAGGGGUCACUAGAGCACAUCGACAAAAGGCAGCUCUUAACACACGUUUCUCUUUAAAAAUAAAUAAAUAAUUGUCUGUCCCAGAAGGUAAAAGAAACCUUUACACAUAAUAUAAAAUACAUGUUCUUUACCGGUAAGUUAAAAGACAUGUUUACCAGUGAGAUUCUCAUGCAGUAUCUGCACACCAACCAUCUGUUCUCAGUCAGUGUCUUGGGGAGAUGUAUUUAGGUCUUUCUGAGUUAGGUGUUGUUUUGAAGUAGCCUACGGGUUUGUUUUGAAUUAUGUACACCGAGUGAAUUUUAGAGCAGAUGGUAUUAACAAAUUAAAGCAUAACCUACUUUGGUGCUCUGCCUGGUGGGGGACAUUGUUGAGUUUCAGUCCACAUGCACGGUUGUUUUUGUCUUACAUUCUUAGCAUUUUACAAUGAAAUUGUAUUCUGUUUCGCAAAACACUAUAAAUAUGUGAUAUUGCAGACAUUGAAAAAGCUUGAUCAAACUUCAUUAAAGGAGCACACAUUAGUUCACUAGCCAGUUCUGUUCAAAUGAAAGGAGAAUACAGCACCAAUAACCAGAUUAGAAUACAGCACCAAUAACCAGAUUAGAAUACAGCACUAGAAUACAGCACUAGAAUGCAGCACCAAUAACCAGAUUAGAAUGCAACACUAGAAUACAGCACCAAUAUCCAGAUUAGAA